UGCCCUAUUGACUCUCUCGCAGUUCUGACGCGCAGGCGCCAGUGUGUGGUUGCCGCUUCUGUGGUGCAGCCUCUCGACGAUAUAUAUUAAGGAAGAAAAUAUAUGUAUACAAAAUAUUUAAUAGUGUUUGAUGAUUGGUCAGUGGUGAUUUAAACAUAGCCAGAUACGACAACACUCCAUUUCAAAAUUAAACCAAACAAGUUUCAGUGCUGAUCGAAAAUCUAAGAGGAAGAGGAUGUUGGGGCGGUGUCGCCUGCGGCGCGGGGUCAGCCUCGAGGUCAUCGUAGAGGAGGACGACACGGCGGAGGUCGCGCUCGACCCCACGCCGCUCCCGGAGGAGGACGAUGACGACGACGAAGAGGAGGACGUCGACAGUGAGCACGGCGCCAGAGGGUCGGCUCCCAGCUCCCCCCGAGGGAGAGGCGGCGAAGGAGGAGGGGAGGCCACGGCGGCGGAGGAGAGGAGGCGGAGGAGGGAGCGGCGGAGGACAAUCGGCGGGUUGUCAAGGAUACGAUCAGUGUCGUGUGAAGCCCUCACCCUCCUCGACACAAGCGACAUGGACAUGUGCUGCUCCGAGUGGGACGACGACGACGACCUGGCCACCACCAGCUCCAACUACGUCACGCUGAACCGCCCCAUCAGCCGCCGCCGCAUUCUCGAGAGUUCGCAGACGCAGUGCGACUCGGAGGACUCGGGCAUCGAGUACCAAUCCAACGAGGACGAUCCCGCGCUUGAGGACCGAUCAAGCGCCGAGGAUCACUCUUGCGAGGACCCGAUGCAGGUCGACAUCCACGAAGCGGAGACUGCCACGGAGUCCGAGGGUGAGGAGGUGGAGGAGGAGCGCGAAGAGGAGGAGGAGGAGGAACGGUCCUCGAGCCCAAGCCCCUCGCAAGCCACACUUCCCGAGGAAGACACUUGCCCGGGGCUCCGUCAGGGCCACGAGGAGGGCGUCCUUGCAACCGGCACGUCAGCGAAGCACGUGUUCGAGGACCGCGUGGCGCAGCCGGCCAAGGGGAACCAGACGACCACGCCAAAGUUCGCGCCGACGGAGGCCCUCGAGAACGACAAGGUCGUGAUCGUGGAAACGACUCCUCCCGUGCCCACCAGGAGGCCGGCGCAGCAUGAGGGCGCGCUGGACCCGGCGGAGGAGGAGCUGCAGCUCAAGCGCGCCGCCUACACCAUCCGCAACAAGGAGGUGCGCCUGGCCGAGCUGCCCAAGCCGGACACCGUGCGCAGCGUGAAAGGGCAGCUGUUCGAGGAGGCGGCCAGCCCGUGCAGCACUCCACGCCUGGAGGGACCUCGGUUCGAUUCGACAAUCAAGUCGAACUCCGCGAGCAAGAUCCUCGCUUCGACAGGAGCGAGGGCGACCCCGGCCGGCGAGGUCACGGCCUCCGCGACGGAUCCCAACCCUGCCGAGGCUGCCCAGCCACGGGGCGCAGGCCCAGCCAAGGUGCACCCCGCCCACAGCCACCUCGCGCCCACUAGCUGCUGGCUGAGCUGCGGCGGCACCAAGGAGUCGCAGAAGGGUCUCGCCGCACCGCAGCCCCGGCCCGCCAGGCGACCGCAACACGUGGUGGCUCCGCACGCCCUCCGUGGUGCUCAGGAAGCCCGUGGUGCGAGGCUUCAACGUCAAGAAGGCCCUGCUCGAGGACCCCAAGAGCUUCCUCCCCCACAGCACGAGAGCAAGAAAGAGCGGCGGCGGCGCCCAGCUCCGGCAAGGGCACGGCGUCGCCGCCGCCACAGCACACGUACUCGGGAGAAGGCUCACACCACAGGUACUCAUGUGGGAGGCGAACGAGGGGGCGGGUUGCGCCCCUGUGAUACGAAUACCAGGAAUGACAUCAUCGACCGUUCGGACACGGAGUCGCUGGCGUCAGACAGCGACGACAGCGGCGUCAGCAACGACUCGACCGUCUGUCGUCAGCGUCACGUCAGCCACAUAUCGCGCCCUCGACGCCUAGCGGCGGACCCGAGCUUCAGUGAAAUCAAACUGGAACAGAAAAAAGUCCAGCUCUCGGAUGACUUAGACCUACAAACUUCUCCGAAAUAG